AUGGCGACCACGUCCAUACAAGCAUCAAAUCUCUUCAAUGUAGACGGCCUUGUUGCGGUAAUCACAGGAGGAGGAUCAGGAAUUGGUCUGAUGAUGGCCCGGGCCUUGGCCUUGAAUGGAGCUCUCAAAGUCUACAUUGUCGGCCGACGAAAAGAAGUCCUUGAAAAAGCCUCGAAAUCUGUCUCAACCAACAAUAUAAUACCUCUCGUUGGAGACGUCACCUCAAAAGAAGCUCUCGCCUCCAUUGUCUCGCAAAUUGCUUCUGAGGUAGGGUAUAUCAAUGUUUUGAUUGCCAAUUCAGGAACCCUCGGUCCACAACCAGCCCAGAAAAUCACCAGCGAGUCCACGGCUGCGGAUUACCAAAAAGCUUGGGGAGAAACAAGCUUUGAAGACUUUGCGGAUACAUUCAAGCUGAACACAGUGGCAGUGUGGUUCACAAUCGUUAGUUUCUUAGGACUGUUAGAUGCUGGGAAUAAGAAAGGAAACCUGGAGCAGAAGAGUCAGGUUAUUACUACCAGCAGUAUUGGAAGUUUCAACAGAAACGUGCCUGGAGGGUUCGCGUAUGGACAGAGCAAGGCAGCUACAACACAUAUGAUGAAGCAGCUGGCGACAAAUCUGGCACCGCUCGGGAUUCGAUCGAACAUUCUCGCCCCCGGAUUAUUCCCAUCAAAGCUUGCUGCAGGAAUCAUUGGGGAUGGAGUUUUCUCCAGGUCCCAGAUCCCCUUAGAGAGAGUUGGAACAGAAGAAGAUAUGGCGGGGUGUAUCAUAUUCCUUACCAGCCGAGCAGGUGCAUAUCUCACGGGGAAUGUCAUGCUCAUUGAUGGGGGGAGGUUGAGUAUGGUGCCGGCUACAUAUUGA